GUGUGCUUUUUGCUCCUCCUGUGUUAGCUCCAGACUCCAUGGCGCUCUGGCUGACCGUGGUCAUUGCUCUCACCUGCCUUGGUGGCCUUGCCUCCCCGAGCCCCGUGAGGAGGGAGCUCAAGGAGCUCAUUGAAGAGCUGGUCAACAUCACCCAGAAUCAGGCAUCCCUCUGCAAUGGCAGCAUGGUGUGGAGCGUCAACCUGACAGCUGGCAUGCAGUACUGUGCAGCCCUAGAAUCUCUCAUGAAUGUCUCUGACUGCACUGCCAUCCACAAGACCCAGAGGAUGCUGAAAGGACUGUGCUCUCAGAAGCCCUCAGCAGGGCAGAUUUCCAGUGAGCUCAGCCGAGACACCAAAAUUGAAGUGAUCCAGUUGGUCAAAAACCUGCUCAACCAUUUAAGGAGAAAGUUUCGCCAUGGAAAUUUCGAAUGAAGGAUGAAAACUUAGCAUUGCUAUUUGCAGAGACAGACCUGACUGUUUAAGUUAUAGAUUUAUUUUUCUUUCAGAUGUUUCAG